CGGAGGGUGGAGCCUAUUUCAGUUUUGGGCGGAACGUACGACGUUCUAGACGCAGCUUUUAAAAGAAAUGAACAAAAUAUCAACCUUCCAUCGGUGGCUUUUAAUUUUGUUGCUGAAAUCAUCAUUGGGAAGCAAUGUUACAAAAGAAAGAUGUUUUCAAUACAAAGAUUGCUGGACGUGCGUUGGAGAUCCAUGUUCUAGGCGUCAAGAAGCCGAAGAUGUAAACAACAUUUGUGUUUGGUGCUAUAACUAUCUCAAUGUCGGUUCCGGAUGUAUUUCAACUCGACGGGAUCGAGCGUGCCUACAACCGAUAAAAUAUGCAGCUCAAUGCCAACUCGAGCCAAAGACAAGAGCUCCUACAGCCUCUAAAGAAACGAGUCUUCGUCCGUUUGCCACCAAAAAUUUUGUUGUUCAUCUUGAAAACCUAAGCAAUGAUAUUUUUGGCACAAUAAAAGGAGAAGCCAGAGUUGAUUACUACAAAGUUGUGAUAGCACUAGGAAGAAACGUGACCACUAAAUCGGUUGUAGACAUGUGUGGUAGCCACACUCCAAUCUCGGCAGUCGAGGCGAACAACAUCUUACCAAGCUCACCCCCAAUUGGCAACAGCAAUCGCUGCUGGAACCUCGGACGAGUGACACCAAUUCGUCCAACUCUAAUAGAUACCUCAAAUCCUCAUGAUGGUAUUGUACUCGAUUUUGGCACUUCGCCAUGUUGUUGUGGCUCAAACAAAACCACAUACAUCAACACUACUGUUCUUCUAAAGGAGGGUUAUUGUCAAUACAAUUCUGUAAAUUCAUCAGUAAUUGCAGGAAACAUUGCUCUGUUGACUAAUUGCUCUGAAAGAAACGAUUAUCUUCAGUUUGUAAUCCAGACGUCGGUGCUUUGUUCAAAUCGUUUGGAAUGGCGUCUUUCAGUAGACAACAUGACAGCAUUUUGCACAAAAACAGAGGCAAAAGAAUACAUGUACAGAUGUGCAAUUAGGCUAAAGCCUGCUAUGCCAGGUGUAGCAAUCGCUUCGUCUUCUCGAUAUUGCCAAAACAAUAUUAGGCUCUGGAAGAGAUUUGAGAAUGGCAGUGAAGUGAAUGCAUCUUUAGAUCUGUCGCCUUUUGGGAAAGACAGCCAAGACUCUUGCAGCUUUGUUGUAGACUCGUACGACGUAUGCCAUGUAUCUCUUGUUUACUUCUACUCUAAUGCAUCUCCUCAACUCAUAUCAAUCAACGGAUCGUCUUUCCUUCAACUUGGUUCCUGCAGUGACUCAAAUAGACCACUUCGCUCUGUUUGGUGGUUUUGGGUAGCUCUAGUUUUAGGUGCUCUCUUUUUGACCAUCAGUUCUUAUAUUGUAUAUCGAUAUUGUUCUGCAAAUUCAAAGUCCCUGCACCCAACUAGAAAAGGAUACGAGCUUGUUAAAAACAGCAAAAAUUCCAGUGAUGCAGUCGAAGAUUGCGAGACAGCACGGAAAGCUACAAAUGCUAAAACUCACAAAAGUUUCCCAUCUGCACCUGAUCAAAUGGCAAGAGAUACCGAUGCAUCUUUAUUGGCCGGACGAGCAGAAGUACAGAGUGCGGCAGACAACUGCUAUCAAAGAGUAGAAAUUGGAAUAAAUCAUGGAGUAGUUGACGGAAUGGAAACUAAAUGACUCAAUCAAGCAACACUGCUUUAAGAUUAUGUUUGACAACAAGCAAGCCUAAUUGCUACAAUUGGUACUAGUUGUUACAAAAUUGACUUGUUACGUACUCUGCUUAGGAAUUCAGCAAUAUGUGAAAACAGUACAGAAUUACUAUACGUGGGUCUUUGCUUAACGUUGGCUAGAUUGCAAUUGACUAGAUGUUAUGUAGCCUAUCUCUUUCACAGCAUGGCAUUUGCUUCAUUAAAUGGUAGCACAUUCUAAUCAACAAUUGA